AUGUUUUUCACCAUAUCCCGCCUCCGCCGUAUAAUAACCCACAACCUCCACCACUUCCUCUCCCCCCAUCUCCUCCUCUCCGAAAUCUCCGGCUCCCUCGGGGACCUAGGCACCCUCCUCCCCCUCCUCCUCGCCCUCUCCCUCCAAGGCUCCAUCGACCUCCCCUCCACUUUAAUCUUCUCUGGCCUAUUCAACAUCUUGACAGGGUUGGUUUUUGGCGUCCCGCUACCGGUUCAACCGAUGAAAGCGAUUGCUGCUGCUUCUCUCCAGGGAAAUGCAGAUUUGGAGACGACGGUAGCGGCGGGCGCGUGGGUUGGCUUUGCUGUGCUACUGUUGGGCGGGACGGGAGGACUGAAGAGGGUGAUGAGGUGGGUGCCGGGGGCGGUGGUGAGGGGGGUGCAAGUGGGAGCGGGGAUGAGUUUGGUGGUGGCGGCGGGGGGUGGGAUGGUUAGACCUUUGGGGUGGUUGUGGACGCCCGAAGAAAAUGGGGAUGGGGGAUUAGGGAAGUGGUUGGAUAGUAGGGCGUUGGCGGUGUUGGCUUUUGGUGGGUUGGUUCUUACGUUGGGGCAGCAGCAGCAGCAGCAGCAGUCUGGAGAGAAAGAAAGGAGCAGGAAGAAGAGGAGCAGGAUGCCGGUACAGGUACCGUACGCGUUGGUGUUAUUUUUGGUUGGGAUUGUGUUUGCUGUAGUGAGAGUUUCUCUGUCCAAGGACUCUCCUCAGUCACCACCACCAUCACCACCACCACCCUACGACCAACCGACGAACUCGGCUCCCUGGACAUGGAUCUGGAACCCCCUUAACCACAUCCACCCCGAAGUCUUCCGCUCGCUGCUCAACCCGCAAGCUUUAAGCAUGGCGAUCGCUCAACUCCCGCUGACGACACUCAACUCGAUCAUUGCCGCUUCAGCACUCGCUUCCGAUCUCUUCCCUCCGGACUCCUAUCCCCAGCUAUAUGAUGAUGAAUCGGCUGACCCACCCUUAUCUCCAUCCCCUUCGGCGUCCUCUUCACUAUCAUCGGCACCCCCGCAACCCCCCUCAGAAAACCCGAAACCCCUCUCCUCUCUCACCUCGGAAGAAGGUCCAGUCCCCCUAACCCCCCUCUCCCUCUCCAUCUCGGCCAUGAACCUCCUCUCUGCCCCCUUUGGCUGCAUGCCCCUCUGCCACGGCUCCGGCGGACUCGCCGCUCAACACCGCUUCGGCGCGCGGAGCGGGACCUCCAUCAUCUUGCUAGGUCUCACAAAAUUCCUACUUGGACUGUUCUUUCCUGGACCAGGGCUGCUGGGGUUGUUGGGUAAGUUUCCCAAAGCAUUUUUGGGAGUCAUGGUUUUGGGUGCGGGGGUGGAGUUGGCGAGGGUUGGUGUAAGAAAUGUGGAAGGAGAAGAGCAGGACAGGAUGGUCAUGUUGAUGACUGCGGGGACGAUUUUGGCGUUUAAGAAUGAUGGGGUUGGGUUUUUGGCGGGGAUGGGGUGUUAUGGGGGGUUUAAGGUUGCUGCGUGGAUGGGUGGUGGGAAGGAGAAGGGGAGAGGAGGGGAACAGGGGCUGUUGGGGGAGGAGGAGGAGGAGGAGGAGGAGGAAGGGAGAGUUGAUGAGGAGAGUCCGCUUUUGAGGUGAGAUUGGAUAUUGCGGUGGUGGUGAUGCGAAUGAUUGGGAAUUUCAAGUUUGGUUUGCGCUGAUUUGAUACCCUUAUUUAACAUUAGUAUUAUUUCGUGUUCAAACUGAUCUGUCAAGGCUACCUAUACAUAGCACUUGAACAUCUAUA